AUGGCCAGCCAGCUGCACGCCACCCCCCACCUGUCCCCGACGACGUCGUCGUCCGGCAUGGCUGCAGCAACGUCCUCCCCGUUUCGCCGGGCGUUGAGCACAGGAGAUCUCAUCGUCAGGGACCGGGACGAGGAGCAGAGGGUGGAGGCGGCAGCGGCAACUAGGUACAGCGCGGAGGAGCGGCGGGAGCGCAUCUACAGGUACCGGAGCAAGCGCAACCAACGCAACUUCCAAAAGAAGAUCACGUACGCGUGCAGGAAGACACUCGCAGACAGUCGUCCACGGGUGAAGGGACGCUUCGCGCGCAACGGCGGCGACUACACGGAGGCGGAUGCAGUUGCAGACCACCAUGUCCUUGUCCCAGCAGCAGCACAUCAGUCAGAGUCAGAGUCAGAGUCGCCGGCAACAACAGCCGCACCAGAGUGGUGGCCUGCAGUGCAGGAGGGCAUCAACCUAGCAGAGCUCUGUGCUGACGACCACGAGAUGCUGGCCGCAUACCUUGGAGUCUCCUCCAUCAGUAUAGCUGAUCAUCACUACAGCUGCCAGCCAUAG